CCGGAAGUCCAGAACACACCCAAUCUGAUUGAUUGCAGCGUCCAGAAUGCUGUAGCGUAGCUAAAAGACAAAGCAAAGAGCAUUUCAACAUGAGGGACCCACUGACGGAUUGCUCGUACAAUAAAGUCUACAAGAGCCUGAAGGAGUUGGCUCAAAAUGGAGAGAAUUUCUGCAAGCAGAUCACAUCCGUCCUUCAGCAAAGGGCCAACCUGGAGAUCAACUACGCCAAAGGACUUCAGAAACUGGCAGCCAAGCUGAGCAAAGCACUACAGAGCACAAAGAAAAACUGUCUCAGCACUGCCUGGGCCUGGGCCUCAGAGAGCAUGAAAUCGGCGGCAGACCUGCAUCAAAAACUUGGCAAAGCGAUUGAGUCGGAAGCAAUAAAGCCAACGCAUCAGGUCCUGAGUAUGCAAGAAAAGAAGAGAAAAUCGCUUGAUAAUGAAGUUGAAAAGACAGCAAAUCUUGUUAUUAACAACUGGAAUCAGCAAAUCAAGGCUAAGAAAAAAUUAAUGGUGAGUACCAAGAAGCAUGAAGCACUUUUCCACCUUGUAGAAAGCUCCAAGCAAUCUGUGUCCAAGAAGGAGAAGCAGAAGCUCCUCAACAAACUGAAAAAAUCCACUGAGAAGUUGGAAAAGGAAGAUGAAAGUUACUACCAAAAAAACCUGGCCGGCUAUUCUACUAGACUGAAAUGGGAGAGCACGCUGGAGACCUGCUACAAGAGCAUGCUGGAGCUAGAGAAGGAAAGGAUUCAACUUUUAUGUAAUAAUCUAAACCAGUACAGCCAACACAUCUCUCUUUUUGGACAAACGCUGACCACAUGCCACACACAGAUCCACUGCGCCAUCAGCAAGGUUGAUGUUGAGAAAGAUAUCCAGGCUCUAAUGGAAGAAACUGCAAUCCUGUCUACAGAGAACAAAUCUGAGUUCCUACUGACUGACUACUUUGAAGAAGAUCCAAAGAAUACAAUGGAUAAAGAGAGACGGAAGUCAUUGAUAAAACCGAAAUUGCUGAGACUGCAAAAAGACAUUGAAAAGGCCUCAAGGGACAAAGAAGGCCUGGAACAGAAGCUUAAAACACUCUCCGGCAACUCUUCCUUCGCUGAUGCCAAGAGCCAGAAGGACGCAGAGGCCUUAAUGGACGAGACCUCUUUCCCUUUGGAAGGGAUCCUGAGAUUCCUUUGUUCACCGGCUGUGCCCCAUUCUCUUGACAUUUCCUCCCAUGGCCACACGAUGUGUCUACAGAACAGUUUGAAACUAGACCUUUUGCAAGCAAACUCCUACAAACUGUCAUCAGUGUUAGCAGACCUGGAGCAGAGGCCGAAACCCAGCCACCCCUGUAGCGCCUGCAUCUUUAAGUGGAAGGAAAAGGAACACUCUCACACUUACGUAAGAAUAUCCCGGCCGCUUUUGACGAGGAGAUUAGAGAAAACUGUGAGCAAGGCACCUUCUGGCGGGCAGAACAGCCCUAGUUCUUCACCUUCAGCCUCUGGGUCCCGAGUCAGCAACAAUCUUUGCAAGGCCUUGUAUACCUUCCAAGCCAGGCAAGAUGAUGAGCUGAAUUUGGAAAAAGGAGACAUUGUGACCCUACAUGAGAAGAAGGAAGAAGGAUGGUGGUUUGGCUCUUUGAAUGGGAAGAAAGGCCAUUUUCCUGCUGCCUAUGUGGAGGAACUGCCUGCAAAGGCUGGGAACGCAGCCACGCAGUCAUAAAACAAGACUGGACACCUGGGGGGGGGGGGGGGGCUUACGUGUUCUGUAAGUGAUGUGCUGCGAAUAAAGAGGCACAGUUAUCAUC